GGAGGAUCUGAGCCCUGGGAGAGGAGAAGGGCCCCACGUGCAAUGCAGCCCCCGAGGGCCUUGAGCAGCCGGGGUGGGGGGCUGGGAUCCGGCUGCCCUGGCUGAGGAGCUCUGAGGCAGGUCGAAAGUCCAGAGGCCGGCUUUGAUGACAACCUUGUGGCUGCCAUCUUGACCUUUGUCACCACUCCUGAGGACCCCUGGCUGCACCCUCUUUUUUCUUUCCAGAGUCAAGUCCAGCCCUGAAAUUUGGUUGGAACCUUUGCUUUGGAGGCCUUUGGGCCCCGAACUCCCACCUUCCGCGGAAGGCGACUCAGAUGUGCCAGGCCGCAAGACGGUGGAGCUCUCAGGAGGCAGCUCCAGCCAAGCGGGGCAGAGGAAGAGGCCGCCCCACCAGCGGGAGAGAAGGCGAUGGAGGAGAAGGAGGGGGCUCCCCUUGGAGGGGGGCAGGCCAGGGGGCGCCAGCUCUGGGGCCUCCUCCAGCAGGGCUUCCGCCGGGCUGUGGAAAAGAUGAAGAACGAGGAAAUGAAGACCGCGUACCUGACCCAUGGGCUGCAGCACCAGUGCCGCAUCGUCCUGGCCAGCCCCGUGCGCCACGUGACCCACGACUCGCAGAGAAGGGCCUUCGUAGUGCUGGACUCGGGCAACACGCUGCACUUGCUGGCGGAGGACGGCUCCUGCCGGGGCAGUGUGAAGGGCCCGGCCCCCAUGACGGGGGUCCUCUAUGCCUCCCAAGUCGACCGCUUUGUGGCCUGGGAUGCGGGAGGCCUCCAGGUCCUGGACUCCUGCUUCCAGCUGCUCUCGCAGGUGCGAUCCCCGCUGCCCGUCCGCUGCGGCAUAUACAGCGAGCAGCUGAACCGGGUGGUGACUGCUGGGGAUGGCAACCUGGCCCUGUGGAUCUUCCGCUACGGCUUCCGGAGCCUCCAGUGCCAUGCUAGUGUGAGCACCGGCCUGGGGCCCCAGGACGUCUUCAGCCGCCUCGCCCUGGAUGCCGGCAGCAGCGAGCCCAGCCGCUGCUUCGCCUCUUGUGCCACUGGUGCGGCCGCCUUCGACGUCUCCCGGGGAGCCCUUCUGGCCUUCAAGACGGAGCUGCACGGCCGAGAGAUCACAGACCUUGCCUAUUGCGAAGCCAUCGGCUGCGCAAUCACAGCCUCGCGAGACACGACCAUCAAGGUGUGGGACAAGGAGUGGCACAUUCAGAUUGUCUUUGUGGGACACACGGGGCUUCUGAGCAGUCGUUCCCCCACCCCUCUGAGAAGACCUUCCUUCCUCUUGCUGGCCCCCACUUCUGCUGCAGCUCCAGUCACUGCUGUGACCAUCUACCCCCAGCGGCCCCUCAUCUUCUCUGCCUCCCAAGACGGGACCAUCCGUACCUGGAACCUCAACACCGUUGACCAGGUAGACCAGGUCCACAUCUCGGAGCCCGUGGAGUCCCUGAAGACCCACACCAGCUCGCACGUUGUCUCCACCUCAGGGCACACCCUGAACCUCUGGAAGAUCCACCAGCUCUACUCGCUGUACACCUUGCUGGGUUCCCCGGCCAAGCGGCUCAGCUGCCCCGACCUGAGGAUGGCGGGCAACUUCCCGGCCCGCGUCCUCUGCCUGUGCAAGGAUUCCACGGUGUGGCUGCUGGAGGCCCGGAGUGGCGCUGCCCUGUCAGUCCUCUCCUUGGAGCAGCCCUCGCAGGCUCGGGAGGUGGCCUACUGCUUGCCCCGGGAGACCCUCUUUGUGCUGCUGGAGCAAGGCCGCGUGCUGCGCGCCAACACGGCCACCAGCCCCAUGACGGUGAAGAGGAGCUUCUCUAGCAGCCUCUGGGAAUCCCAGCCCUGCUGCCUCUUGCUCUACAGCCACGUGGUGGACCCGGACAAGGCCUACGCCACUUGGCUGGAAGUGGCCCAGAGCAAAGGCUACCGGAAGAAGCGGCAGCAGGCUGCGCUCAAAGCGCAGGACAGAAACAGAUUCCUGCCAAUUCUAGGGCACAGAAAUGGCUCCCUCAGUGUCUUAGAUUGGUUCUCGGGCCGAGUCCAGUACACGGUGGAGGCACAUAACUCUGAGCCCGUCACGGCACUGGCUGAGUACCCCGCCCAGACGUGUCUCCUUUCAGCAGGUGAGUCUCAGAGCUCCGGGGGGGGGAGCCAGCCUCCCGGGCACGAGCUGGAGGGGCCCAGGGUCGGCCUCCCUGGGUAGGCCAGUCCAGGACAGCCCAGGGCCUUGGCCAGCUUUGCUGCUGGGUUCUUUCCCGGGGACGCUUAGUUGGGUCCCGCUCUUCAGCUGAUGAGCCUGAAGACGUAGACCAGCCCCGACCAGCGCGGCAAAGGAGCUGUUCUCCCCGCUUCUCCCUCCCCCCCGCCUUGGGGGCCAUCCAGACACACCGGCUUUCCGCCCCUCACCCCCAGGAUUUAUUUAUUUAUUGGACACUUUUCUAUCCCGACACAAUCCACGUGACUCUCAGCGGCUUCCGUAGAACGUAAACGGAACAAUUUAAAACAUCCACGACUGCAGGUAAGGCAAACAGAAACUAACAACAGUCAGCUCCAAAACUAGAAAAAUAACGCAGCAAAGAUGAGAAGGAAAAGAUGGUAUUACGUAAAAACUCCCAGAAAAGCCUUCUGAAGCUGUUCCAUCUUUGAUGGUUUUGGAACGGUAGCGAGGCCAGUCUGACCUCCAGCCAGGCCCCUGCAUCAAAAGCUGAUGCUUCCCCACAGGGCUGCCUGCAGUUUCAUGCCAGUUUGCCAGCGACCCUGUGAGGAAGCCACGGGCAGCGUUGCCACGGAGUUCCCUGUGGAAGUGCUGCCUGCAGCCCUGUGCUUCUGCCGACGCCUGCAGGCAGCUUUCCCACUGGCGGGGGAAUGGGGAGAAGCUUCCUCUGGGGGACGGCCCAGCGAAAAGGCUUUUCUUCCCCUGCUGCUGCUGCCGCCGCCGCCAAGGGGAUGAGGGAAGCAGGGAUCGCUCCGGGGGUCUGGCCCCAACAGCUGUCCCUCUUCCUUGCCUGCUUCUGGGGCAGAGAGGCCCCUGUCCGGCCGAGGACGCCACCAGCCUCUGUUGGAGCUGGGGGGCUUCAGGGUCCGUCGUGUCGCAGUGACGCUUGGGGAUUCUUUGGCGCUGCUUCUCGGGCCUCUGUAAAAACCGCCAUUAAACCCUCCUCUGGGUUUUGGGGGGAAGGAAUUUUGGCAUCGUGCUAUAAAGUGAUCCCGUUUCUCAUAAAGGAGAAACGAGGCAAGUAGGAGUGGCCGCCCCAUGGCGCUGUGCACUGCGAUGGGCAGAGCAAGAGCAGGCCCUAGGGAGCCAGAGGGGAAGGGCAGGGGAGUAAACCUCAUGCGCUUGAACACCGCUGGCUCUCCGUCUCCCUCUGCGUGACGGCAAACUCUGCUGGCGUCCGCCGCUUCACGCGCGGCCUUUGUCCGGAAUCGUUUUCAGAAUCUCAGAGCCCCUCAGCGUGCUUCCUUCGUACCAGGGAAACCGGAGGCUGGAGGCUCUGGGGUGGUUCGGGCGGGUUAUGCCAUCCAGGUGGCGACAGGCAGGGGAUGUUAAUGACAGGCGUCAGAGGGCGGGCCGCUCUC